CAUCAAUUUUCGUCCCUAGUGGGACUAUGGGAAACCUGAUAGCAACAAUGGCACACUGUGAUCGUAGAGGCUGUGAAAUCAUUCUCGGAGAUAAGAGCCACAUGCUAUUAUGGGAACAAUCUGGACCAGCACAGUUGGGCGGGAUUCAGAUGACAACGGUUACCAACCUCCCGGAUGGAACUUUUAGCCUAGAGGAGAUGCUAACCAAAUUGCGGGAUGACUCUAACGUUCACACCACAACCACUUCUCUCAUCUGUGUAGAGAACACACACAACUGGUGUGGUGGACUGCCCCUUCCACUGCCUUGGAUGGAACAGGUCUGCUUCACAUUCAGUUUCUGGCCACGAUCUCCGCGAGAACUGAAGAUCCCCCUGCAUAUGGACGGUGCCCGAGUGUUCAACGCUGCGCUCUGCUGCGACAUGUCAGUGGCAGAACUAUGCAAAGACUUCUCCUCUGUGUCUGUAUGCCUUAGUAAGGGUCUUGGUGCACCUAUUGGCUCAGUGUUGGUCGGUGACAAGCAGUUUCAUCACCAAGUAAAGGCACGCCGCCUGCGGAAGGUGGUAGGUGGAGGGUGGCGGCAAGCUGGCAUUGUGGCAGCAGCGGGUCUCUAUGCCCUGGAGAACAUGGUGGAUCGUCUCGCGGUGGACCACUCAAGGGCACGAACUAUAGCCGAAGCUAUUAAAGCAACCGGCACAAAGUUGAUCUCCUUCGACUUGGAUAAAGUCCAGUCCAACAUGUUCUUCAUGGCCUUUGACGAUCCAAGACUGACAGCUCAAGAAUUCUGUGAGAGGCUUUUCAAGGUGACAGACGAAGAGUCAAAGCAUCUCGGAGAGGACACUUGUGUCAUCAAGUUGUUCUUGAAGUCCAGUACAGAAGUGAGGCUGGUACUCUGCUGCAACAUAACGGAUGCAGACGUGACAGCUGCCAUAAAGAAACUGCAAUACGUUAUCCGAGAGCUGGAUACCAGACAGGGGUAGGGGCCAGCACCGUGACCCUCAGUUACCAUGUUGUCUAUCUGACAAAAUGUGAUUUACAUUAUAAUUUUUACUCUUAAACAUGUUUUUCCUAAAAAGAAAUUAUUUAUUUAAUUACUUUGAAAGUUUAAAGUGAGUUACAUGGUUAGAUAUUUCAUUCACAAAAUGAAAUAAAAAAGCUGCAAAAAAUAACUAGAAGAGGAUUUUACAAUUUUGUUACAAGGUGUACAUUUUUACAAAAAAUUAUAAAAAUCACUCAUGAAUUUUGUAGUUUUUAUUCUAAAUCUGAUAGUAUUUAUUAAAAAGGAAACUUAAAAGUAAACAAAUAUCUCCCCUCCUAAUAGUACUCAUUUACUCUGUAGUGUUCGGUCAUUUCUGAGCUUCACACUCGUACAAGAGUAUUUGAAGAAAAGUUUGAAAAAUUUAAAUUGCAAUAUAUAGAUCUGUAAUAAAUAAGGAACAUUUUAUUCCGAAUAAAUAAAGAAAAGUAUUAUGGUUAAAUACCAUGUUUAGUUUCAAUAAAAAUAUAGUAUGUUUGAUGUUCAUUUACAAUCUGAUGUUUUAUUGAUGCCUGUUAUGUCAAUUCAUUCAAAUUAUGUCCAUAAUAAAUUUAUAAAUGAAGGCAGGGAGGAGGAUGAAUAGAAAAAAAAUGCAAUAGGAUUGUUAAACAACAAGUACUGAAACUUAAAUUUUGUGAUAAAAGUGUGAUGAAUUGUUUGAUUUUUAAUUUGGCUGUGAUAGCUAACUAAAUUUUGUAUAGAUCUGACCACUGACUUUCAUAAUCAAUUUCUUGUUUAUGAUUUUAUGCUGUGUUACUUUUCCAUGUGUUUGUAGUUGAAACAUUUUAGGUAGAUUUUGUGUUUAGUUAUUUUACCCAGUAUUGGUACAUGACAAUUAUAUGUAUUUAUUCAAUUAAUGAACCAACCACAUAUGUUAUAAUGAAUUAAAGUCCAUAAAGUAUUAAGUAUUUUUAUUUAGUAGAACCUGUAAAUAUUGUUAAGGAAUUAGUAGAACUAAGUUAAUAUGUUUCUGUUAUUGUUAAUUUUUUACACUGAUUUCACUUUAAACUAGAUUAGGGCCAAGUAACUUUAUCACCUACUCAAGUAGUUUUGUUUUAAAGUUACCUUUGGAUUUUACCAGAUAUUUUGCUCAAUUUUUGUUAACAUAUUUGAUUAAUAUGUUUCUUAACCAAUGUUUAUAAAUUGUUGGGGGCUGUAUUUAUAAAUAAAGAAAAAACUUAA